AUGUUGUCAAGUUUUACAAAUCUUUCACGUGUUGGUAUUCCACGAUUGAUUUUCACUCGAACUGCCUUCUUUCGUGAUAAGAAAAAUGAACUUCAUCCUCCGGAACCAUUCAAAAGCUCCGUACCACCACAUUUGGAGAAACAACAACAAAAAGCACUUGAAGAAUACAAAGCUAAUGAAGAUCCAUCGCUUCAAUGCUACGUUAAUAUUAGCGACCCUUUACCAUCAUUAGGAAUGUAUCAAGUCGCCCAACGUGGUUUGCAAGUGCUUAUCUGGACUGAUUUACUGAAAGGUUUUAUGAUUGCUCUUGGUUGGCUUUUGCGAGAGCCGACUACUAUCAACUAUCCAUUCGAAAAAGGACCUCUUUCUCCGAGAUUUCGUGGUGAACACGCACUACGUCGGUAUGAAUCCGGAGAAGAAAGAUGCAUCGCAUGCAAACUUUGCGAAGCUAUUUGUCCAGCUCAAGCUAUUACAAUUGAAGCUGAGGAACGAGCAGACGGCAGUCGUCGAACUACACGUUAUGACAUCGACAUGACCAAAUGUAUCUACUGUGGUUUUUGUCAAGAAGCAUGUCCUGUCGAUGCGAUUGUUGAAGGACCUAAUUUUGAAUAUUCAACUGAAACACGCGAAGAAUUACUCUACAACAAAGAAAAAUUACUUCAAAAUGGCGAUAAAUGGGAAGCUGAACUCGCUGCAAAUAUUCAAGCUGAUUAUCUCUACCGAUAG